ACUAAAGUCUAGAGUGAAAGUCUCCUCUCAUAAAUUAUCUUAUCAACCCUCCACCAAUUAAAUACUGCGUGUACUAUCGAGCCGAUCCAGGAGAAUCCAGGCCUCUCUCUCGCAUUCGACAGUCCGUCGACUGCUCCAGUCUCGACGGAAUUGACGCACCGGCGCCACUGCAUUGGUCCCUCUCUCUCUCGGUUCGAAAUGACCCGUACUGUGUCUUCUGGAGCAUCUAAUGCAAUGUCAAAAAUGGAUGAGCCAUUGAAGCGUGGUUCAAAUGAUAUUGGAUGCUAUUUUGAAGAAGCAAAAGCUAAGAAGAAACAAAAAGCUAGACACGAAGAGGAAGUGAGGGAAGAAGUCAGAGUUAUUGUACAAGAAGAUGCAGAAAUUGAAGGGCAAAAAACAAAGCAGCAAGAUUCCAUAGUGAUUCAGCUGAUGGAAUCAUCGUCAGCUCUCAUGGUUGAAAACCCUGAGCCAAAAUCAGAGGAUCAUCAAGAAUCAAUGGACCUGGAUCCCUCUACAUCUCUUCCUUCAUCAGCUCCUCUGAAGAAGUAUGAUGUUUUUCUGAGUUUCAGGGGUGCAGACUCUCGUAAGGAUUUUCUAUCCCACUUACACCAUGAAUUGAGAUAUGUGAGAGGGCUUCAAACGUUCAUGGAUGACAAAGAGCUUGAACUAGGGGCUCCUAUUUAUCCAAGUCUGCUAAAGGCAAUUGAAGAAUCAAAUUUUGCAAUUGUUGUUUUGUCAAAAGACUAUGCUCAAUCUGCAUGGUGUUUGGAGGAGCUUACAAAGAUUUGUGAAUGCAUGAAAGACAAUAACAGAAUUAUACCGCUUUUUUAUCAUGUCGAACCUACUGAUGUGCGGUAUCAGAAGUGUAGUUUUCGAGAUGCUUUCACAAAUCAUGUAAAAAAUGGGUGGCACAGUUCAGAGCAGCUGCAGCGGUGGAAAAAAGCUUUAGAAACAGUAGCCAAUUUCUCUGGGUGUAAUGCGAAGGAUUAUAAGACUGAAAGAGAAGUUGUUGAAGCCAUUGUGGAAUCUGUGUGCGGGAGAGUAAGACCUAUUGGAAUUGAGUCUAUUAUUUCCUCAAGAGAUUUUGGAGAUUUUGAAGUAUUUGAAGCAACAAGAGAAGCCAUGGACAAUGUAAUGAAGGCGCUAGAAGAUGAAAACGUUACUAUCAUUGGGGUCUACGGAAUGCCAGGCAUCGGAAAAACAACCAUGGUGGAACAUGUCGGUGUAGAAGCCCAAAAAAAGGGGCUAUUCCGUCAGGUGACUCGGGCUGUGAUAUCCCAAAAGCCCAACUUGUGGAAGAUUCAAGGAAGAUUAGCUUCCAUGUUGGGUGUGACACUAAGGGGUGCAGACGAAUUUGAAAGAGCCUGUGAAUUGAUGUCGAUGAUAAGGAGAAGAGAAAGGAUCCUUAUAAUCCUGGAUGACAUUUGGACGAAAAGAGAGUUGUCAGACAUAGGAAUUCCUGGCCCCAAAGAGCUAAAAAGUCGCAAUUCCAAGCUCCUACUCACCACAAGGAAUAAGGAUGUUUGCGAUAGUAUGCACUGCCAACCAAGAAUUCCUAUUGAUAUCUUGACUGAACAAGAUUCUUGGAAGUUGUUUGAGAAGAAUACAGGAAAAUCUUUUGAACAAACAACCAAGUUCUAUCGUGUUGCAAGGAAGGUAGCAAGAGAAUGUGCCGGUCUUCCGCUUGCGUUGAAAGCAGUUGCAAAGGCACUUGGGAAUAAAGAUUUAGACCAAUGGAGGGGAGCUUGUAAGCGACUAAAGGCGUCCAAAACUCCUUACCCGGAAGACAAGGGAGAUGUAUUCAAAAGCAUAAAGCUAAGCUAUGAUUACCUAGAAACUAAUGACUCCAAAUCAUGCUUCUUGCUUUGCUGCCUAUUCCCAGAGGAUUAUGAUAUCCAAAUUGAAGACCUGCUGAAGUAUGGGAUUGGGAAAGGAUUGUUUCAGGAGUCUGACAUGCAAGAAGCCAGAGCCGCAGUACAUUCUGUGGUCCAGUCCCUUAAAGAUUCUAACCUACUUUUGGAUGGUAAAAUGGACAGGGGAUGCGUAAGGAUGCAUGAUGUCAUCAGAGAUGUUGGCUUCUCAAUUUCUUUAUCUAAGGAUGGACACAGGCAAUUUUAUGUAAGAGCUGGUUGGGAAUUAGAGGAUUGGCCAACGAUUGAUGCGCAUGAAUACUACACUGCAAUCUCACUUAUGAGGAACAAAAUACCCGAGCUUCCCGAAGUCUUGGAAUUUCCAGAACUCCAGAUUCUCUUGUUACAAAGUAAUUCUAUGAAUAAGAUCCUAGAUUCUUCUUUUAAACAUCUAACGGCAUUAAGGGUCUUAGAUAUUAGCGAGACUAGCAUUUCUUUACUACCCUCAUCAUCCAAUCUCCUAACCAGCCUCCACACUUUGUACCUAGAUGGUUGCUUGUCAAUGGAAAGUAACAUAUCCAUACUUGGACAGUUGAAAGAACUUAAGAUUCUUAGUAUGAGAGAAUUUCCUCGUGAGAAAUUGCCAAAAGAAAUAGGAGAGUUGACCAAACUAAGGAUGCUGGACUUCACCAGUGAAUCUGUUGGAAUAGUUCCUUGUAACGUGAUAGGCAACCUCAGUAAAUUAGAAGAACUCUACAUGCAGUGCAACUUUGUGGACUGGGGGAGUAAAGUCGAGGGGAGUGAAGUCAAGGGAAGUGUGGUUGAGGAGAGCAAAGCUGUGGGAGCAGGAGAGGAAACUACUGCUUUGUUUGAUGAGUUAACUAGCUUGUUACAUUUACGCAUUUUGAAGGUUUUCAUGUCUGAUGCAAAAUGCAUGCAUGUAAAUGUUAGGCGUAAACUGAAAUGGAUAAACUUUGACAUAUGUAUCAGCGGAGACCCAUCAAUUAGAAAACAGCAUUUGGAUUCAAGUUCUUCACUUGACUAUGCAAGAGCCUUGACUGUUGACAUAACCAUGGAUACCUUACAGAAGUGGUUUAUCGAUGCUGUGACCAAGAGAACUGAGAAGCUGCAGUAUAUAAAGUGUCAGGAUUUAGGUAAUAUCCUUAUGGAAUAUGACUGGGGGAGAUUACAUAAACUGAAGCAUUUAUCUGUUAUCGGGCCCAAUGAGAAAUUGAAAGAGUUGAUGAACACAACAAUAUGGAUUCAAAAUGAACCUGUGUUUCAGAAUUUGGAAGAGUUGCAUCUCGUUGAAGUGAAUUGUCUGAAGGAGUUAUGUGUUGGUGAAUUACCAAAUGAAUCUCUAUGCAAGCUUAGGUUACUGAAGGUGACAGGUUGUCAUAAAUUGAUGAAUGCACUUUUACAAUCUAAUUUGUUGCAGAGACUACAAAAUCUGGAAAUACUAAUUUGUGAAGAGAUGGAUGUAUUGGAGUAUGUGUUUGCAUGUGAAGUGUUUGACGCAGAACAAAUUACUCUGAGAAAAUUGACAGAGAUGAGAUUGGAGAACCUAGUGAACCUGAUAAAGAUAUGGAAUGGUCCUGCUCCACAUGCAGUCUUUCAUCAUGUUAAAAUUUUGGUAGUUUCUGGGUGCUUUAAGCUGAAAUAUCUCUUCACUUCAGAAGUAGCUCAAUGUCUUCAUGAAUUGGAAGAUCUUAGGGUAGAGGUUUGCCAAAGGUUGGAGAGGGUUAUUGAAGCAAGUGAGGAAACAGUCAACAACAAGAUAGUUUUUCCAAAAUUGAAGAUCUUAGCUUUGAAACAGCUUCCGAAGCUUACAAGGUUCUAUGGUAGUACUGGAAGUGGUACUAAUGAUGAAGAAAAUAUUGAGUUUCCUUUAUUGGAACACUCGCAUGUGGAACGCUGCAAUAGUUUCAAAUCUCCAGCUAAGGACAUGUUGGUUUCAGUGAUGAAAAAGCAGCUUGUUUUGAUUCCUAUGCAAGGUGCAAAUUUAAACAUUUCGGACGUCUUCAUAUCUGGUGCAGAGUCAGAUCGGAGAGAGACACCUACUUUAAGCAGAAGAAGAUGAGAGGUUCCAAAAGAAAGAAGGUAUGGCAUCACUGACAACAAUCCCGAAUGUCUGUUGCCAUCAACAUGUUGCAGAAACUACCGAAUCUGGAAAAGCUAGUUUGUGAGAAAAUGGGUAACAUCAGAACACUUGUAUGUGAAGAAUUGCCCCAACUUGUCAUUUCCAACCUCUGCAGCUGACUACUACCACAGCAGGAACCAAAUCCAAGUGAAUUAUAUAAUAUUACAAAUCUCAAAAGGAGAGGACUUUGGAUCGACUUGUGGGUGAUGCCAACAUAAGGAAGCUGAUGCACAUAGAAGAAACAGAGAGGCCUAGAGGCUAGAGAAGAGACCUCAGUUCCAAAGAAGCAGCUCGAUGACUGAGGGAGAUAUAUCAUGUCCUAGGAUUUGUUGAAAAGCCAGAAGAUGCCAAGUUUUCAUGCAUGCUUCUUGCUUCGUUUCCUCUACCCAGAAGAUGAUCAUCAUGGCAUUAUCCAAUUAGCACAAUUUGUGGUGAAGUAUGGAUUCGGAAAAUGCCAGGAGCAAAUUCAGUGGUUAAAUACCUUACAGCUCUUAAUUCCAUAGACUGAAUUAGCCAUAAUAACGUUCAGUUCAAUGGUGAUGAACAAGCGGAAGAAGGUUUUGAUUCUUUCCAAGUCUCCAUAUCUGGUGCAGUUACAGGUCAGAGAGAGGCACCUACUUUAACCACAUCAUCAUUCCAGAACCUUGUUGACUCUUGGUGACAUAGAAAGUCAAAGUAGAGAUCAAAGAUCAACGAAAUUGUCCAUAGCCUGCUAGCGAAGAAGAAACAGCAGAGAGAUGUUCAAUGGUCCUGGAAGAUCCCUCAUUUGGCAAUAUGGAUGUCAUGUAGUCAUUGCUAUUUUACAUGACAUUUUAUUUGGAUGUACUUAUAAGUUUUUGGUUUGAUUCUGUUCUGUUUCACAUUUGCCUCCGAUUUUGAUAUUAGGAAACUGCAUGUACGAACUUUUACAUGUUAUGUUACAUGUUCUUUUCCCAAGACAUAACAUGUAAAACAUCUAUGAACGUAACUUACUGAACUUGUAAUU